AUGAAGCGUAAGCUUACAGAAUAUCAAUAUGUUUGCCAGCAUUUGACAGAUAGUACAUUGGUUGCAAAAAAUUUUUACUCGUAUUUUGAUUAUACUUCCUUAUCGGAUGGCAUAGAUGCACUUCAGAAUAUAUUAAAAUCGUUACGUGACGAUGCUAAAUUUCGUAACAUUGCUGAGGGAUAUUUGAAGCGAGACAAUUUUUUUAGGAACGAUAAGAUAGAUUUUUAUUUUAUGAGAAAGGAGAGAAAGAUGAAGGAGAAGAGGACUACAGAGAAAACGUUAACUAUGGCGAACGAAAGAAACGAUCUGGCAACUGACAUCGUUCACAAUAAUUUACUUAAUAGUUUAAAUAAAGUAACAAAUAAUUUAGAAGAGAACGAAGAUGAUGCUAAAUCAAGUACACCUCCUGUCAAAGUCGAUAAUAACAGGAAUACACAGGCAAAUAACUUGCCAUGUUAUCUUGAUCAAAUUCCUCUUCACGCUGAAUAUUCACAUAUAGUUUUGAUUGAGUUCGAAGACUUAUAUUCGCUUUCUGAAAUGAAAGCAUUAUGUAUAAAUGGAAGCGUAAGUUACGAAAGAACCAUGUGGGAGAGGAUAGAAAUGGAACUUAAUAAUGUAAAUGUAGAAAAUCUUGGAUUUGAUCAUCCGAUAUAUAUUUGUAAAGAUUUUAUUCAGAAGAAAGAAUCAAAGAUUAAUGAAGAUGAGGAUUUGGGUAAUAUUGAUUAUAGAAAAUGGAUAGAUCAUUUCAAAAAGCUUAAAAAAAUAACAAAACAGAUGUUAGAGUUAUUGGUCAUAUGUUUGCAAGGUACUAGCACCAUUGAUAAACAUAGUGAUGAACAAUUUACCAGAAAAACCAGUAGUAUGGGAUAUAUAGGAGAAGAAGGAAGUUCAGCUAGUGCCAUACAAAAAGAUUCUCAUAAAAUUGCAUGA